AUGGCAUUCGAAACUUAUAAUUCUUCUUCUUUCUUCUCUCUCUCUCUCACACUCUCUCUCCCUCUCUCUCUGUGUCACAAUGACUUUCGAUCUCACCCAGUCGCACUUACUCCCUUCAUCAAUUCUACUUUCUCUCUCUCUUUGAAAAUUCUCUUCCACAAUUCUUUUCUAUCCCCCGUUGCACUUACUGCCCUCAUCCAUCCUUCUCUCUCUUCUUUCACUCUCUUUUUAUCGAAUUUACUCCCCUCAGCCUUUAUUCUCUCUCAACUUUCGCUCUCUUUUAUAAUUCUCUCUGUCACAAUGUCCUUUCAAUCUCCCCCAGUCGAAAAUUCUCCUCUCUUCUUCAUCCCUCUCUUUCUCUCUCUCUCUCUCUCUCACACACACACACACACACGCUCUCUCUUUCUCUCUAAUUCUACCAGUAAUAAAUGCAAUAAUUAUGCCUACAUAUUAUUUCAGUUUUCUUCUACAUAUCAUUUCAUCCUUCUCCUUUUCAUUCCCCCACUACUUAUCCCUCUUUCCCUCCCAAUUAUUUUUAUCUAUCAGUCUCUCUGA